AGACAUGUUCGCUAUAAGGCCGGCUCUUGGAAAGCCAUCAUCAUUCAAGGGCACUUUCUAGCUCGAGAACAUGUCCACGAGAGAGGUUGCAACUGCUCUGUGGAGAAGGCUGCAAGGCAAGGUUGCAAUAAUCACAGGCGCGUCGGGAGGCAUUGGAGAGGCCACUGCUCGGGUAUUCGCAAAUCAUGGAGCCAAAGUCAUUAUUGCAGACAUUGCAGAUGACGCUGGUGUCAAAUUGGAGGAGCCCCUCUAUCCCUGGGCGACAUAUAUCCACUGUGAUGUGAGCAAGGAGCAAGAUGUAAGUGCGACCGUGGAUUUCGCCAUGGAAAAGCACGGAAAACUGGACAUAAUGUUUAAUAACGCAGGAGUCGUAGGCAUGCAGAAAGGGAGCGUGGUAGAGAAUGAUAUGGAGGAUUUCCAACGACUGAUGAAUAUCAAUGUAAAAGGAGUAAUGCACGGCAUUAAGCACGCUGCCCGCGUUAUGAUUCCCAAUAGAAAAGGUACCAUUAUCUCUACAGCUAGUAUUGCAGGAAUUUUGGGGGGAGUUACUCCUUACUUCUAUAAUGCCUCUAAACAUGCCGUUAUCGGACUGACUAAGAGCGGUGCAGCAGAGCUGGGGAAAUGUGGUAUACGAGUUAAUUGUAUUUCUCCAGCUGCAAUUGCCACAGAUCUGCUAAUGAAUUUAAUGGGAACGACCCCUUCAGCAGAGGCAAAGGCCGAGCUGGAGGCCGUGAUUGAGGUAGUAGCCCCCUUAAGGAAAGCCAGUCUUGAAGUAGAGGAUAUUGCGAAGGCUGCUUUGUAUCUGGCCAGUGAGGAUUCCAAAUAUGUGAGCGGUCACAACAUGGUGGUGGAUGGGGGAAGAACAGUCGUAUUAGAUGAUACCGCAGUGUUUGGAAAGUACUAAAGGUGAAUGUCUUAGAAAAAACAUGUAAGCCUACCUCUUUAAGUCAAUAAAUCAUUGACGUCAUGUUUUCA